AGCAACAGUUUAAACUACAAUGAGUGGAAGAGGUAAAACCGGUGGAAAGGUCCGUGCUAAGGCCAAGACUCGCUCCUCCAGAGCGGGACUGCAGUUCCCCGUCGGCCGUGUUCACAGACUUCUCCGCAAAGGAAACUAUGCCGAGCGCGUCGGUGCCGGUGCUCCGGUUUAUCUGGCCGCUGUGCUCGAGUAUCUCACCGCUGAGAUCCUGGAGUUGGCUGGAAACGCCGCUCGGGACAACAAGAAGACCCGUAUCAUCCCCCGUCACCUGCAGCUGGCGGUGCGCAACGACGAGGAGCUGAACAAGCUUCUAGGCGGCGUGACCAUCGCUCAGGGCGGCGUGCUGCCCAACAUCCAGGCCGUGCUGCUGCCCAAGAAGACCGAGAAACCCGCCAAGACCAAAUAAACUGAGUGCAGUUUCUCUUCAGACCCAAAGGCUCUUUUAAGAGCCACCCAUUUUCUCCUUA